AUGGAGAUCGUUCCAAUCCCAGAAAAAUCUAGAGGACCAACAGGUCAUUGUUCUACAAUAAAAAGGAAUCAUUCGAUGGUUACACAACACAAAACAUUCGGUUUAAGAGACUUUAUUAUUGCUCUAGCAGAUAAUCACGAUGAUUUGCAAAUAGAAACCCUUCCUGAGGAAUAUGAGGGUCCUGAAAGACAUUUGGAAAUGGUAGGACUGAAAUGUCCGAGAUGUAAUAAAGACGCCAACAACACAAGGGACCUCAUUGCUCAUUUAGUUACACACCAGUCAGAACAGAUUCAAUAUAUUUACAAUUCAACCGGAGCUGUAACUAAAGAAGUCAACGAACAACUGAAAUAUGCAACAGCCUUGCAGGCCAAGAACAGUAUUUUCAAAAAGAAGAUCGAAAAUCGUCUUUUUACAAUCAACGUUGCCAUGUCAUCUCCUUUAUUCCCAUUUCUCUCAAUUCGAAAACUAAAAAUCCACAUGGAUCAGCCACCGAAUGCAACAAAAAGUUCGGCAAACUCCGACUUGAUAAAGAAGGAUCUAGUGCGUGGCGAUAAUAUUCACGCCUUGUUUUUUGAUUGGUUCGAUAUGCAAAAGGUUUACGAGAAAAUAAAAGCUGGUAUGAAACUGAAACAAGAAAAACAGGAGAUGAAAUAUUUCGAAUCAAUCUGCGAAGGUGGACAAGUCAUGUAUCAAGACUUGGUACACAAAAAACGCACAGAAGAAGAGACAAUGUGUUUGGCCAGUGCAUUGAACCUUCCAAUCGACUUCACACAAGAACAAUUGGUAGAUUCGAUGCGAAUGAUGGCGGAUGACCAAGCAUAUUGUCCAGAGACUGGCUCAAAACGCCGAUGCACAAAAAACAAAUCGUAUAAGUUUGACGUCUAA